GUAGUGCUCGUUACUUCCUGUAGGGGCGCACGCAGCUUCCGGUUUGCGCUUGCUACUCAACAGAACUUAACCAGAGCCACGCACGUUCUUAGCAAACUGCGUCUGUGAUUAUCAAUUUUUCUCCACAAUGGACGCGGGAUUCUUCCGCGGCACGAGUGCGGAGCAAGACAACCGUUUCAGCAACAAGCACAAGAAACUCCUGAAGCAGCUGAAAUUUGCAGAAUGCCUGGACAAGAAGGUGGACAUGACCAAGGUGAACUUGGAAGUCAUCAAACCUUGGAUUACACAGCGUGUAACCGAGAUUCUGGGUUUUGAGGAUGACGUCGUCAUAGAGUUCAUAUUUAACCAGCUUGAGGAAAAGCACCCAGAUGCCAAGGUGAUGCAAAUCAACCUAACUGGCUUCCUGAAUGGAAAGAAUGCCCGAGAGUUCAUGAAGGACCUGUGGCCCCUGCUACUGAGUGCCCAGGAGAACAUUGCUGGCAUACCAUCUGCUUUUCUAGAGCAGAAGAAAGAGGAAAUUAAACAGAGACAGAUUGAACAGGAGAAGCUUGCGUCACUAAAAAAGGGUGAUGAGGAUAAGAAAGAAAAGGAUAGAGAGAGGGCUCAGUCAAAGAGUCCACGGAGGCGAAAGACAAGGUCACCAUCACCACGGCGAAGGUCACCUGUGAAGCGAGAUAGAAAACGUAGCCCCUCGCGCUCCCCUAGGCGCAAACCCAGUCCAGUUGGUGGAAGUUCACCCCCGCCGCCCCUCAUGCAGCUGCCCACGAAACCCACAGAGCAGCUUGCAGAUUCAGAUCCAUCAGGAAGAGCGAUGCAAGAAGAAGUCAUUCAAGAAGCUUCCAUCUGUGAUACAGUUGUGGAGGUGGUAAAAGCAGACUCUGUGACUGAAGUCAAGGAGCCCUCUCCAGAGAAAACUCAUAAAAAAGAGCAAAGGCCCAGGUCCCGGGAGAGGGAGAAGGACAACCGGAGGGAAAGGCCUCACCAUCGAUCUCGUUCUCAUUCCCGCUCUCGCAGGCGUCGUUCCCGUUCUCGGUCUUACUCUCCUCGUAGAAGGCAGAGUCCCAGGAGAAGAAUGUCUCCUCGUAGGAGAAGCCCUCCCAGACGUGGCCCCGCUGCCGCAAGACACAGACAUAGGCGCUCUCCUAUUCGCAGGAGGCGCUCUCGCUCUGCUUCAUCCUCUGGAAGCAGCUCCUCAGGCUCUCGCUCACCCAAAAAACUGAUGAAAAGAAUAUCUAGCACACCUCCACGAAAACCGGUUCUUCACCCUGACACCUCCAUUAGCCCAGCAGGGAGGGAUAGACGGUCGCUGUCUCCACGUGCCAGAAGAAGCCGGGGCUCCCCUUCCCCACCCAGAUCCUCUGGUUUAAAGAGAAAACAAGGAGGAAGAGGUCCUUCUCCAUCUGAUAAUGCAAAACCAAGACUGUCUGAUGGCUCUGAGUCUGAGGAGGAUAAAAAUGAAAAAGGGGCAACAGCAGAUUCAGUGCAGCAGCGACGUCAGUAUCGCAGACAGAAUCAACAGUCAUCUUCAGACACAGGAUCUUCCUCAUCUGAAGAAGAGGGACCCAAGAGACCAACAGCAGGGUCAAGUGCUAGAAAUGGUGAAGUCAGAAGAAGGCGCAGCCGUACUCCUUCUCCACGCAGACGACACAGGGAUCCGUCUCCAAGGAAAAGGAGAUCUCCAUCUCCAGGACGCAGACGUCGUUCCCCUUCUCCACUGCGACGGCGCAGAUCUCUUUCUCCGCCUAGACGCCGGUCUCCUUCCCCGCCUCCCUGUCGUAGAUCUCCUUCCCCAAGGCGAUAUUCUCCCCCUAUUCAGCGUCGCUACAGCCCGUCCCCUUUGCCGUCUCAGAAAAGAAAGAUGUCCAGCUCUCCCACAAAACGCCCUUCCCCACUGCCCAAGCGGCGUCCCUCAAGGUCUCCCAAGCGCAGAAGUUCUCCUCAGAGAAGACGUGCAUCUCCAUCUUCCUCUCCACCAAGACACAGGAGGAGCCCCAUGUUGCCUUCUGGUCGCCUAGGCAGAGAUGUACGAUCCCCUGUUAGGGCAGUCAACCGCCUCUCCCCGUCACCUGCAAACCGUAACCGCAAUGUUAGGGGCUCUACCAGUCCACAGAGACGUUUCGAAUCCUCCAUAUCUCCAUCUAAUCACCGGAGGCAGCAGUCCCCUUCACACAGCGGCAAACCGUUUCGCAGAGUGUCCCGUACUCCGGAGCCACGCAACAACCAGAGACCCUCUCCUAGCCCCCAGCCUAUGAGAAGAGCAUCUUCCAGAUCAAGAUCAGUUUCCCCUCGUCCAGCGGCUCAGAAACAUCUUGUCCCUGCAUCUGGCUCCCCAUCUCCUUCUCGCUCUGUCAGUGGAUCCCCACCUCCAGCCAAAAAGGCCAGCAGCGGCGGUUCUGGCAGCCAGUCUCCAAGCAAGCAGAACUCCGAUGUUGAGGGCAGUGGAAAGAAGAAGAAGAAGAAGAAGGAAAAGAAACACAAGAAAGACAAGAAACACAAGAAGCACAAGAAGCAUAAGAAGGAAAAAGCUGGUGCCACUGCGAGUGGAGAGACACAAGAAACCCAGGGUGUGGAGGAUGGAGAUUCAAGAAAGGUUAAGAAUCAGACUCAGAAGUUGAGGACAGCUUGGAUGAUCUAGAGAAGCACCUUAGAGAGAAGGCUCUGCGCUCCAUGAGGAAGGCUCAACUGUCUCCCUCACAGAUGUCCUGAAAACAAGGGGCUUUUUCACUUUUGUGUUUUCCACUCACUCUUGAUGUUUGUCAUCUGGUUCAGCUUUAGAAUGUACAAAUUGUUAUUCUUGAGUCAUUUGUGUUCUUUUUACUGGUUUGGUACAUUCUACAGUGUGUUUCAUUAAGAGCUUGAUUUAUCAGUGUAUUAUCUAAACUGUAAAGAAGCUUGUGUUGUCUAUAAUUUUAAAUUGUUGACCAGGGACACGGUUUAAGUUGGACAGGUUAAAAAUAUUUUGCACAGCCUAAAGUAGAUUCUAUUGAGAAAUUAUUGCAUGUGCAAUGAUUGUCUCUGAUGUGCAUGAACCACUGACCCUUUGGGGUGUAGAUAAAAACCAACAUACGAUAAACAACCUUUUACUUUUGCCCUUAGUGACCUAUUGGCACCACCGUGUGUACUACUACAGGCUGUAACAGAAUGUUAUGUCCCCAUAUUGUAACUCAGUAGAGGUGUUUGGCAUUGGUUUCCUCCGACUUCGAAAUUGUCCUGUAAGUCUAAAACGACCUGAUAACCAUGCUUUAAUUCUUAAACAAUUUGAUAUGCAAUUUUGUGUUGACACCAAGCUAAUCUUUGUUGGACUGCUAUUUGAUUUGUAUUUAGAAACCCUGGAAUCUGUCAUCCUUUGAGAAUUAAAACCCUUUUAUAGGA